AUGUGCCGAGCCCCGGGCCGCUUUAAGGGCCUCGUACGCCGAGCCAGGGGCCUCGCCCUCCUGCGAGCCUCGGGAUACGCCGUCCUGCGGGCGCUCCUGCGCAGUUUGCAGGCCCUUGAGGGUGCUCCUGUUGCGCCCUCUGCCACCAGUGAGGGGGUCUUUACUGAUGCUUGUCUCAUCUGUGGCCUAGCCUUCACUUCUCGUGCUGCCUGGGCCUGCCAUGCUUCCAAGAAGCACGGUUACCGGCUUGUGACCUCUCAGAUGGCGGGGGCCAAUGAACGGCUUUGCCUGGGUUGCGGCAAGUGCUUUGCCAAGCCAGCUCGGCUGCGCCGGCAUCUCCUGAAUAGUGUUCAGUGCCGGAAGUCCUGGGGCUCCUUCCAGCCAUCCUCUGCGUCUCUCCCCGCCAUGCAUGCCCUGGCACUCCCCGUCUGUGUCCCGGGAGUCCUAUCGGGGGCCACUGCUGCGACCGAUCCUGCUUCAUUUCACAGGGGGUUGCUGGAAGCCUUGACUGCGCUGGACCGGGUUGACUGUGACACAGCUUGGUGCCUUGUCAAGGACUUCGUUGAGCCUCUGUCUGUUCUGAGGACAACGGUUGGCAUGUGGGCCGCCGGGGCUGGUGCCACACCUGACGUUGUGGAAGCAGCAGCCGACAUCCAGUUGAUGCUCGAUCCCCAACUGUGUUGUGACGAAUUUCGCGCCUCCCGUACCUUGGGGGAGAGCGCGGCUGUCUUCGCAGGCCUUGAGUGGCACCCGCCCUGUCCUUUCCCCUUCGUCCUUUCCGGGGAGAUUGCCGUCUUCCGGCUGGAGGAGCCGCCCCUCCAGGGAUACGUGUAUCCCUUUACACAGAGCCUGCCUUUGGGGGUUGCCACGAGGUUCAUGCGCUGGUUUGAAGUCUGUUGCGAUGUUUUAGGAGCAUUUGCACAGACGUCUGCAGUGCACCCUGUUUGCCUCUGCGCCUCUUGCGCAGCACUGGAAGCGCUCGAACCGGCUCGCGCCUGGCUCCUACGUGCGGGGUUUGUACAGACCGCCGAGGGCCUCCGAUCACCGGCUUCUUGA